AUGAGACCGGAAGAACGCUAUCUGGUGUGUUCGUUUUGUUUGGCAAAAGGACAACACUAUUCCGAUAGCUGCCCUGUGUACGUGAGCGUGGAAUUGAGGAGGAAGCGUGUUCGCUGCAAAAGGUGCUUGGACAGUCGCCACGAUACAGAGCAUUGUUGGAAUCAGAGCAGAGAAUGCAUGUACUGUGGAUCGAGGAACCACAACAAAGCAUUGUGCACCCUACCGGAGUGCAUCCACGACCAACGUUAUGAACUGGAGGAGAUUGAGCGAGAACUGGAGACCUUCGCCGACUACUACGGUCCUGGACAGUAA